AUGCUUCGAUGCUUUUUUCUCCCUUUUUUCUGCAUCAUCGUGGAUUCUAGUGCUUCAAUUCUGGAAUCGGAGGAGAUUCCAGACUACAGGAAUCUCAGCACCAUCAGUUUUUCUGUCAUCUUCUGGGGCAAUUUGACAGAAAAUCUUUGCAACUUCCCUUCUGCGAUUUCUUCAGCCCUCGAUCGUGAUGAGGACAUUUCCCGAAUCUUCGUCUACGAUGUUCGUCGAUACACAUUAUUGCCGAAAACUAUCGUCGACUUCAGCAUCGUCGGAAAGGAAGAAAUCAAGAAAGAGUUGGAUGAAAAAGGGGGUGCAACGAUUGAAUUCGAAUUUCGGCGCGAGUUCGGCUUGAAUUCAACCUUUUUUGCGCCGAAAUGGGAAGAUCCGCAGAUUCAGUUGCGCCCUGAGCUGGCGAUCUACGUCGUCGCCGGUGUUGGCGGACUAUCUUGGUUGGCAGGGAUCGUGGCUUUAUGGAUGAUCCCUUCAGAACUCUGGCCCGACGAGAAGAGGAAGAGAAGAGGUCGCUUUUCAAGAGGGACGAAGCAGAAAAUCACGUGUUUCGUCAAUAACUACUUUCGGCCGCUAGGAAUGACUCUCAGCAUGCUGUUGGUUUGGAUCGACUUUGCGAAAAACAGAAACAUCAUUUUCGACGUCACCCUUCGCCACCAACUAAUUUUCCUCGUCCUGAUGAUUUUCGGACUCUUGCAGAUGAUCGUCCUGCCGAUUUGUCAUUUGCGAAUCGCGACGUUUUACAAGCCAUUCUUCAAGUUCUCCUCCUUGAGCUCCAGACCUCUUCACAUUUUCGACGUCGUCAGCGAAAUCGCGCUGGUUUUCUUCAUCGCUUUUGUCGAGCUUCCUAUCCUCGUCUGUUUCUACUUCUUUUUAAAUAUUUUCCAGGUCUCCGUCAUCACCAUGCCGCAAGUUUUCUUUUACCUCUGUUCAUUCCUCUCCAAAGCACUCCAAUUUCUCAAGGCAGUGCAAAAUCGCCAUGAGUUAAAAACGCGUCAGAACGCUUCCGAUUCUAUCAAAAGUUCAAUCAAUUUUUGA